GAAGUGGUUUGGAAACAAACAUCUGCCUCUCUCGACGAUGAGAUAGAUGCUGAAACUGUGGGGUUUUAGCAGCUGUCUUUUCUACAAACAAUUAAAAUCUAGCCAAUGAAUUCCUUUUAUUUUGUCAACAAAUCAUGCUCGUCGAAGGAUAACUGCAAUUUGGGCCUUCCUGUUUACGAUACUAAUUUAUGCACCCAUUCAUCAUCAUGUUUCGUUGAAUUCUGUUUGCAAUUUCUGUGAAAUGAGCAAAGAACGAUGUGAGAAAAAGUUUGAAUUAUCCAAGGAGGUGCCAUAAUCGAACUGAGGACUAGGCCUUUUCUAAAGAUGAAAGUUAGGCAAAUGGACAAUACAACAAUGAUUCUGACUGCCAGCUUGCUAUCAGUUGGAUCAAUAUUUGUCGCAGCUCAAACAGCAGAAAGGAAUGAUGCAGCUAAUCCUGGUAGCUCUUUGAAGGUUCUGCCAUUCAACAUUGGGGGAAGAGACUUUUACCAUAAUUAUAUAAGGAAGGAGCUGCCGGUCCUGUUCACUGGAGGAAACUUCAAAUCAAGUGAAGCUUUUUUGGAUCUAUUAGAGUUGCAGAAACAGCUAAGUGGAGAAAAAUUCUCUGGUUUUGUUUAUAUGAACUCUGGACCAAGCGGAAGAAACACAUCUCUUACACUAAAAGACUGGGUUGAGGAAUCAAGUUCAAAACAAAUGACAGCUGAUCUUGACAUUAGCAAGUCAAAGUUGCUAGAAGAUAUUUAUUUGCCUGUAAUGCUACAUUGCAAAGAAUAUAGAAUUGAAUACAACAAACUUAGGUUAUCGAUAACAAGUGAAGAUUUUGAUAGCCAGCCAAAGCAAUAUUCAGAUGAAAUGUUAUAUAUUUCACUUGGACCUAGAACCAAGGCUAGAUUGUUUGAUAGCAGACACACAUCUCAGCUAAAAGAAGAAGGAUUUCCCAAGUUAGAAUAUCAAGAUGUCAUACUGGAGAGAGGCAACAUAUUGUACGUGCCAAAAUAUUGGUGGAGUCAAGUUCAGGCAACCACAAACCACAGCUUCGGAGUGAAAAUCUUUUUCAACAUGGCUUUCAAUAAGAGAAAGAACGAAAAGCAUGAAAUUAGUAAAAACGUUAUCGAGGCAAUUCAGCUGCAUAAGAUGGAACUAAAGGAACAACCAGGAGACACAAUUUGCUCGUCUCUUAACCAAGCUUUAAGACAAGUGUUAAAAAUCAACGAAUCAGACCCGAAGACAUUGCAGCUGCGCAUUCCCAGGAGGCCCCAGAGACCUGAUGACGUCACACUCGCCAGUGGUUACAAAAUGCCAGUGUUGGGGCUUGGUACCGCCCUUUUGAAUGAAAAAACAACGGAAAUAGUGAAGCAAUCAUUAGACUUGGGCUACAGAUUGUUUGAUACUGCCCAAGGAUAUCCAGGUUCAGAAGCUGGCAUAGCUCAAGCCAUUUCAGAAAGCUCUGUGCCUCGCUCUGAGUUAUUCAUCGUCACUAAACUACACCCUCGUUACCUUGGCUACGAAAGUACACUGAAAGCUAUUGACAUGUCGCUGCGAAGGCUGAACAUAGACUACGUCGAUUUGUUCCUUAUACAUAGCAAAGAAUGUGAUGAUUUUUUGCUGAAAUGCUCAGAUGGAGAGCCUAUCGGGACUUGGCAAGAGUCAUGGGUGGCUAUGGAGGAUGCGCAGAGGCAGGGCAAAAUACGCAGCCUCGGAGUCAGCAAUUUCAAUGUACCAGAUUUAAAGGCUUUGCGAAAAAUUGCUAAGCUUCCCGUUUCUGUUGUCCAAAACUGGUUUGAUCCAAUUCAUCAGGACACAGUGGUGAGGAAAUUUUGCAAGCAACAAAAUAUACGUUAUAUGGGAUAUUCAACACUUGGCGGAAUGUGGACUGCCAUGGGACUAGAGGAAAACCCGAUUUUGACGUCGUCUUUGCUGACUGAUUUAUCAACGCAUUAUGAUUACUUCGUGUCCAGCCUCGUUCUCAGAUGGGCCAUCCACCAGAACGUGACAGUAAUCCCAAGAACAACAAAUCGUAACCAUUUGGCACAGAACUUGAGAGCAUUGGAUAUGAGUCUGUCUGAGCUGGAUAUCGCAGAAAUAAAUUCAAUGGCCACCAUCCUAGAUGACAUAUUAAAAGAUCUAGAAAACGAGGAAAUGGAAAUGGGACAGGAAGGAAACAAGUCUUCCAGCGAUACACAAGGAGAUGAGAAUGAAAGUUUUCCGGAAAAUAGUUCUAAUAAAAUGAAAAUGGCAGCAAAAGACGUGGAGCAAAACUUUAAUCCAAAAGGACGUUCUGGGAAAAGUGCGCCAGAUGAUAUCCCUCAGGAACAGAUUUCUCGAGACGAGAGCAAUCAACCCUCAGUUGAGGCCGAUGGCAUGACGAAUUCACAGUCAAAAUCUGGCGAGACUAAACACAAGAUUGAAUUGAAGUAAAUAAUAUCUAUUAUUAGCAUCUAUUUAUUUAAAGAUGGUUGUAUGUAUCGUUGCUUAUUUGAAAAUUCGCUAUUUGAGGAAACAGCUUUCUGAUAUUUGUUCUCUUCUUAGCGUAAGGGAGCUGGGCGAGUCAAAUUAUUAAAAGCAAUCUUCUUAAUUUUCAAA